AUGAGGAACAAACGAUGGUUCCAGAGUAUUUCCUUCUUUCUUUUACUCCAGUACACUAUGUGUGGUGAAAACCUCACCUGUUUUGUGGACUAUGUACAGACCCUGUCCUGUGUCUUGAGAAAUGACCUGGGUGCCAGUCCAUACAACCUCACUGCAACAUGGGCUUCUGUAGAAGAGCCAGAAAAACCUGCAGCUGUCUGCAGUCUCCUGCAAUCAUCCAGGAACACCAGUCACACACAGUACCUGUGCACUGUGGACAUGACUGAACUGCUGGCAGAUAUCAAGGUCCAGGUGGAUGUCACAGAGACAGCUGAUAGGCAGCAUGUGAUUUCCAAAGACUUUUACAUGGCACAGAUCGUCAAACCACAGCCUCCAUUCAACCUGACCGCUUUGUGCUCAGGCACUUAUAAUAUUUCCUGGGAAACCAUCUACCAGAUCUUUCCCUUCUACUUUUUGGAUGGGGACCUGGAAUACCAGCUGCGUUACAAGAGAAGAAGUGAGACCUGGGAGAGCCAGAAGACUAAAGCUGUUCAUGAAGACAAACGGACGCUCGUGAUCCUGCCGUGGGAGCUCCAGGCCAACACUGAGUAUGAGUUCCAAGUGAGAGCCAAGCCCCGGGAGGACAGUGGCUACCAUGGGUUUUGGAGUGAAUGGAGUCCUCCACUGGCACUGAAAACCAGCCCUGCCGCAGUGACACAGACAGCAGGCAUGGCAUGGCUGCUGCUGUUUGGUGUUGUGGCAAUCAUGGCCUCAAUCACAACCUUCCUGGCCAAACAGCAGAGCUUGUGGAAGAAGAUGGUUUGCAUCCCAGACCCUGCUCCCUUUUUCAGACCUCUUUACCUGGCACAUAACGGAGAUUUCAAGAAGUGGGUUGGUGCUUCCCAUAUGAAAAUGGCCUUCGAUUUCUUUGACUGGGGAAUAGUCCUUCCAGAAGUCCUAGAAGUUUACAGCAUGAAUCCUCCCAACAGCACCUCACAGGAAGAGCUGCAUGAGCUGAGAAAAAUUCUGCCUUGCAAGCCCUGUGUGUCUUGCCUGACUGCCCCAGGUCAGGAUAGCCAGUCCCUGUGGUCUAGUGUGAACAGCAGUGGUGGGACCGAGGACCAGUCUUAUGGGCACUUGUCCAUUGAUACAGUGACUGUGGCUGAUGAAUUUACACCUUGUAACUGCCAGUGCAGCUGCAGCCACGAGCACACCAAAGAGGAAGAUGAUAGUGCUGGAGAACCUGGUUACCCCAAGGUUAACAUUGAUGAGGAAGACAGAAAGAUACCCAGUGGCUUGCAUCUGGCUGACCUGACCACACAGGACAAAAUACUUGCUUCAGGCUCUGUGUCCACAGACCACCUGAGGAGUACAAGUCUCCUAGCCCAUCAGCAAGUAGGAAGGGCUUUGGAAGGAAGGGUGGGGAACAUCCUAGAAGCCCUUUGCUUGCAGCCUAAUCAGUGGGAUUUGGAAAAUCCAGGUUCUCUACCUUCUCCUGACGGUGAAAGUGUUUCCUACAGUGAAGGCUCCUAUGACUUCUAUGCUCACAACACAAGGCCUGGUGACAGUUACCCUGUGAUCUGCGUGGAUUUGGACACUAUUGACAGUGGCUUUGUGGACUCAGACUGUGGAAGUCCAGUUGACUGUGAAUUUGAGCAAAACAGUCAGACCAACUCUGGGCCCAUCCCUCUUGAGCAGGAGCAGGAGGACUUUCCACGGAGCUAUGUCAAGCAGUGGGUCUCCUGUGGCCCUGACAGCCCUGUUAGUGGCACACAGACAAACUAAGGACUUGGUGUUGCCUGGCAGAGUGUGGGGCCUUUCUCGUACUGUGACAGGAGCAAAGUGUUAGCAAAAUUCAGA